AAGGAAUACACGAUCGUUAUAAGAAGAACACAUGGCUGAAGGUGGCCACCAAAACCAACAGCAUCAACAAAAUGUAUAUAACAUUACUAUUGCUCUGCACGCUCAACAGAAUCAAACGGACAUAGUACAAGCAAGGAGAACUGAGAUUUCUGCAGGGGAGAUUGGACAGAUAAAUAUUCGACAGGCAGAAGAACAACAGAAUGUCGGACAACAACAGGCAGCUGACAACGUUCAACCAGAUAAUAUCGCUGAAGGUGUCGAAGCUUUAAAUUUGUCACCAAAAAAUACAGAGGCUUCUCAAAGUGGAGCAAAUAAAAAGAGAGAUUCUCCAGGAGAACCUGCACGAGACAAAAUGGCUCAACAACUGCAAAGGCCGCUGCCAUCUCCCAACACUGCAGGAGGUGGAAAUAACCCUCUGAAGAUUUCAAUGCUGCGAAAAAAAUCUUUCAAGUUAUUCGACGAGUCCAAAUAUGAAGAAGCAGUCCCGAUCUUAGAAGAACUGGCAACCCUGCAAAACCAUCAGGAUUUGGAUACAAUACUUAUGAUGGUCGAGUGUUUUAUACAACUUGGCAGAGGAAACAAAGCGGAAAAAUCUAUCGGGAACCUACGAAAUAUCCUGGUGACGUCAUCAGUGACCAGUGCUGAUGACGUAAAAACCCUCGCAAUCGAUUUGAUUUCAAAUUCCGCAUACAUUCGCGCUAUAAUAUUGCUUCGAAUAGCAAGUGAUAUCUACAAGGCUCGCACAAGAUCACCCGAUGAUGUAAUAAAUGGGAUUCAACUUUGUUUCCGUAAGAUACAUGAUGCUACAGGGCCAUUGAUAAAAGCCGGUGGUCGAUCCAAAAUUAUAGGAGUAGAUUACGGCAUAGAAUACAUGACAGAAAUGCUGGAUGAUAUUCGUGCAAUAGAAAACGCUGAUCCAGUGAAUAAAGCAAUACAAGAAGCUUCGUGCUGUGAAUACAUUGGAUAUAACUAUAACCUGGCAGGUGAAUAUGAGAAAAGUAUAAAAAUACAAAAGAAUGGACUGGAGGUUUUGGAGAAACAGUUCGGGUCGAACGCUUCAAAAUAUAAAUUCUACGGUUUAUUGCUGAAUAAUAUCGGUGUAGGGUAUUAUAAUCAGCAGAAAUAUUCAGAAGCAGUAUCUUAUUAUAUUAAAGCCAUUGAUGCGUAUGAAAAGGCUUCAGAUUAUGGGAAUGAAGCUGAGAAACAGAAACGGAUUGAAAUGUCCAAAACUUCACUCAAGAAAGCUCGCGCAAAAUUAACCUGA